UUCGCUAUCGAAUAUACAUAAUUGGAAAAGCAAAAUGGAAAUAAUGUAAGAUGAAAUGAGAACACUGGAUUGGACUUUUUGUAAAACAAAAUAGUGAAAAUAAUAAAUACCAAAGAAAUGAAAAUACUAACGACAAGGCAGUAAGGCCCCUGGCUAUAGCCUGUUCGAAAGAACGAAUUAAUAUAAAAAAAAAAAAAAAAAGUGUUUACUGUUUAAUAAUUAAUACAUACUUAAGUAAAGUAUUUACUUGUGUAAAACAGUAAAUUACGAGUUGUUAUACUAAAGAAUAUUGUUCUAUCAUCAAUAAUAAUAUGUCUUAUAGGGUUAAUUGUCUUAUUAACCUUCUUAAAAGUUCUAUUCCUGGUUCCACUACAAUUAGGUUAUAUAGCCGAUGGACGCACAGAAGACCCUCUAGGGUAAUUUUGCCAUUUGAAGAAAAUCCUAAAGUAUCAUUAAAAAAAGAAAAAAUAAUAGACUUAGGUCAGCAUAGAACAGAAGAAAAGAGUGCACCACUCAAAAGCGCUAAGCAAAUUAAUCAGGUCGAUUUUGAAUCUGGUAAUGAUAAUCAUAAUAAGUCUUUACUUGAUCCAGUAAAGGGGAAGGCAGUUAAAGCAAAAAAAGAAGAACUCUUAAAAAAACAAAAAAUUUAUCUUAGUCAAAAAAAAGUUUUUGAUGAUGAUGGCAAUAUAAUAUAUGAAAAACUUAAAGAAAAUGAUAGUAGAAUCAGUUCUUUAUUUGUAAAACUUAAAUCUAAAAAAGAAAGACUACGGACUGGACAGAUGCUUGUUGAAGGAUGGCGAUUAAUAGUAGAUGGCUUGGAAGCAAAAUGUAAACUUCAAUACAUUAUAUUUAGUCAAAUCAGUGAUCUUAAUAACUUGAGACCAUUCUUACCCAAAACUGGAGUACAGAUCUUUAAAAUACCAUACAAGGAGAUAGAAAUGUGGUCGGAUGUUGUGACUUCACCUGGAAUCUUGGGUGUUUUUGAAAGGCCUACAGCAGAGAAUAUAAGGAGGCUUUCGAAGCCACUGCCAUUACAGUUUAUUUGUGACAAUAUAAGAGUGCCAGGAAAUCUCGGUGCCAUCCUAAGAGCUGCAGUUGGUGUGGGAUGUGAAAAAGUGCUCUUAACAAAAGGUUGUGUAGACCUUUGGGACCCAAAAGUUGUGAGAAGUGCAGCAGGAGCACACUUCAGACAGCCAAUUCACACAUCAAUCGACUGGGAAGAAAUGUUAAACUUUUUACCUAAAGAAACAUCUGUAUUCAUAGCCGAUAGUAAUAUUCACAUGGAUAUGAAAGAAGGAACCAAUGUUACUCUUGACUCCCAAAUACCUGUUGUGCCAUAUUAUGGUGUUGAUUUUACGGACUUAAAACAUAUGACAGUCGUAUUGGGCGGUGAAACGGAAGGCAUCAGUGUCGAUACUUACAGAUUAGCAGCCUCACGGAAUGGUAUCAGGCUUAAUAUACCAUUACAAAAAGGUGUUGACAGCUUGAACACAGGUAUGGCGGCUGCUGUCAUUGGCUUUGAAAUAAGAAAACAGCUUGUACUUAGUUGGGCGAAAGCAAAAGCUGAGAGAGAUAUCGGCCAAGUUACAUAGAAUUUUAGCCAUUUUCACUGUAGAAAUGUAACUUUUGUAUGAACGGACUGUAAUAUUAUAAAAAAAAAUAAAGUCUAGUUAUUUACAAAAAA